CAAGCCUCGCCCCCGCCCAUCUCCAUGGUGACGCGGACGCGCUUUACGGCGGGACACGCAGGAGCGGCUCGGCGUCGGGCCCAUGGAGGAGCUGGGCUGGAGCACGGACGCCGGCGGGGCGGUGUAUCGCUCCCGGGACCCCGUGCGGAACCUGCGCAUCCGGGUUCACAUCCAGCGGGUCACUUCCACCAGCCUCCUCCUGCAGCAGCUCCAGCAGCCCGCCGGCCAGCAGGGGAAGGAGCUCAUCAGCUUGGCCACCUUCAGUUCCCACCCAGCAGCAAGUGGCUAUUGUCCUGAUGAUGAGGAGGAGGCAGUAAUUGGUUGGCAAGAAAAACUCUUCAGCCAGUUUGAGGUGGAUCUGUACCAACAUGAGUCAGCCUGUCAGACCCCCUUGGAUAGGCAGUACCACCAGGAGAUCUUGAAGCUGGAGAAGUCAGGAGGCCGGAAGAAUAACCGCAUCUUCACCUACACAGACCAUGACCGAUUCACCAACCUGAAGGAGCACUGUCAGAAAGUGACCAGCUCAGAGCAGGAGGUGCCAUCAUUCCUGGCAGAGAGGAUGGCCAAUUUAAGGAGAAGGCAGGACCGCAGGCCAACGGAAGGAAGUGUUCUGAAGUCCCGCGUCAUCACCUGGAAGCCCUCAGAAGAAUUUAUUAAGAAUAACCAUGUCAUCAACACCCCUGUUCAGACCAUGUACAUCAUGGGAGACUUGGGACCAUGUGGGAUGCUUGGCCACAGGGAAUAUGAGCACGUUCUUUGCACAGUCAAGGUGGAUGGCAAUGGGGUGAUCACAGUGAAGCCUGAUUUCACGGGCACUAAAGGUGCUUACAGGAUUGAGCUGGAUGGCGAGAAGCGGGAGCUGUGGAGGUACACCAUUGAGAAUGCCUCAGCCCAGGUGCAACGAGAGGAGGAGGAGCGGGAGCAGCGCAUGUUCAGAGAUUUGUAUAGUCGGCACAAGGAAUAUCUCAACGGCCUUGUUGGCUCAGACUUUGAGAUGACUCUUCCUGGUGCACUGCGGCUGUUUGUGAAUGGAGAGAUAGUUUCAGCCCAGGGCUACGGGUAUGACCAUCUCUAUGUUCAUUUCUUCCUGGAGCUGCCCAGCCGUUGGUCGAGCCCAGCAUUCCAGCAGCUCUCUGGGGUGACGCAGACCUGUGUCACCAAGAUCCUGGGCAAGGACAAUGUGGCAUACUUCUCCUACCCCUUUACUCUGGAGAUGUUUUUCACCCAAGAGGAUGAGUCACAAGGCUCUCUCCCACAGUGGCCUGUGAUCUAUUUUGAGGUUCUCUCGCUGGAUUCUUGGCAGAGGUAUCGUGUUGAAGGUUAUGGCUCUGUGGUGCUGCCAGCAGCUCCAGGGUUCCACACCCUGACAGCCCCCACCUGGCGACCCAUUGAGCUGGGGACGGUCGCUGAGCUGAGGAGGUUUUUCAUUGGUGGGUCCCCUGAACUGGAGGACAUGACCUACGUCAGGAUGCCAGGAAUCUUCAAGGGAGAGUGCCUGAGCCGCUUUGGCUUCCGCACAGAGACAACAGGAAGCGUCACGUUCCGGCUCCACUGCCUGCAGCAGUCUAAAGCCUUCCUGGAGUCCAGUGCCCUGAGGAAGCGCAUGCAGAGUGUGCUGGACCGGCUCGGGGGCUUCAGCCAGCAGAGCUCCCUCUACAACGUCCUGGAGGCAUUCCAGAGGGCACGGCGCCGGAUGCAGGAAGCACGCGAGAGCCUCCCCCAGGACCUGAUCAGCACCUCUGCCUCCACCGUGCAGCAGCCAUGAGCACUGUGCUCCCAGCGCCUCCACUGGCACCAGGCCUGGCUGGGUGCAGCAGUAGGGUUACCAUUCGUCCGGAUUCUGCCGGACAUGUCCAGCUUUUUUGAGUUAAAAAUAGCGUCCGGGGGGAAUUUGUAAAUGUCCGGAUUUUCCCCCCCACACAGAGCGCGCACGGCUGACAGGGCAGCUGGCCGGAUUGUGCCACUCUCCCGGGGUUCUGGCAGCCAGAGCCCCUCCUCCACUUCCCCCUCCUCUCCCCUGCAACUUGAGACCACUCCCCUCCUCUCUCUCCCUCCUUCCCCCUCCUCCCUGCAUUCGCAGAUUGCCCGCCAGCCGUUCACCUCAGCCUCCGGCAGUCUGGAGCUCCUCCCCCUGCUCCCCCCUCCCCGGCUGCCGAGCACGCUGUUCCGCAGCACUCUGUUCUGAGCGGCACGGUAAGGGAGCCAGGGGGUCAGAGAAGUGGCAGGGAGGU